AUGCCUUCCCACCCCUCCAAACCGCUCCCAUCCUCCCGCCUGACCCCCUUCUCCCUCCAGGAAUUCAACGACCUCGUCUGUGCCGCGUUCAACCUCCAUUCCCCCCAACGCCGCCUCGCCUUGUCCUCCACCUCACCCUAUAUUCGCGAUUCUCUCUACCACGCAUCCUCUCCUGCCCUUCUAUCUGUAUCCAGCUGCUUCGAGAGCGACACCGAAGACGAGGACGGAGACACUACCCACCCACCACCUGCCGUACAUAGCCGCACACCCAGCGCUCGCUCUUCCUCCUACACUGCCUCUCCCUCUUCGUCCCCGCGUCGCAAACCGCGCUCCAGUUCCAGCGCUCGCGCCGCGCUCAACGUCUUCAAACGCGUCCGAACACGCGCCUCGGCUCUCGUCCUUCGUUCCACUAACCUCAACACGCCACGUCCCUCUACCGCCGCCUCCGCUUCCGAGUCUUCUACGCGCACCGUCCGUCCCCACCGCCCCUCCUCGACCGUCUUCCAAUCACGUCCAUCUACUCCAUCCACGCGUCCCACCUCGCCAUUUCCCUUCGGCCCAUCCAUACCCAGUUCAACCUUGACCGGCCCUUCGCCCGCCGAGGUACACGCGUCAUUUAUUAAACUCUCGCCAAGACGUGUACCCCUUAGGCCGUACAUCGCCGGUAGCGCUGCCAUCGAAAGCCUUCCAUCCUUCUUUGAGGAUACAGGCUACGCGCGGGCGCGAACGCCCUCCUACAGCCGCCCAGCUACCCCACUCCUACGCGGGGCCGGCUUACUACCGCUUCGCAUCCACUCGCGGCUUCCGCCGCUCCGCAAGAUGAAGAGCACCAGCCUCUUCGGCAGAGCGACCGCUACCCUCGGUGCGAACUCGGGCAGGAAGACGGCUCUGUCGUCGCCGCCUGUGCCGUGGACGCAGGAGGACGCGUCUGCGGAUCAUGCAGGGCGGUGCCCGUCGCCGUACACGUGUCCGCGCGACCCGCCUCCAGUUCCUGUACCAGUGUGUGCAUCAUCAAGUGUGGCAGGGCGGCAAGAGCGUGAGGAAGAAGAAAUACAGCCACCGGCAUAUGUGUUCGAGAGAAGGGGUAGCGCGACGAGUACUUGUACCACGGCAAGCACCAAGUCUACGAUGAGUCUUAGCGAGCGCCUUGUAAAUUUGAUUCCCCUUCCACUGCGCCCGCGUUCACGCUCCAAACUUAACCUCAGCAUUCUCUCUGCCGACUCCUCUCCCGCAGGCUCCGCUUCCUCUACGCGCUCUACGGAUACAUGGUCCCCCGUCACGCCCACUGGUGUAUUCGCAUUUCCUCCCGUUCCCGAGUCGUACGAACCGACACUUUAUGGCAGCCGUACGUCCCUCGCCACCGUGGACCCUGAGUUGAAUAUACUCGAAGACGAGGAUCUAUAUGCGCUCUCAAUUGGCCGUGUCCUUACACCCGAGCCGGACCCGUUCGCUAAAGGGGACAUCGCUUUGCCCUCACAUGCCCUCGGUUUCAACUUUGACGCGACGCCCCGUGCUAUUAUACCACCUGCAGACCCAUUCUCGUCUCCAGGAACGUGGACGCGUCCGUGGAUGCGCGAUUCGCACGCGUAUAUCCACGAGCCUUGGGCGAGCGACGUGGACGCAGAUGCGAGAGGGCGCGCGAGCUGGAAUGCACGUCUGUCCUCUGCCCUGCCUCCUGAUCCCGCAUAUAGCUUCCCUCUACGUUCCCCAUCCCCUCCAUAUACCUUUCCCUCACCCGUGCCCGCACCGCGUUCCCUCCGGCACAAUUUGAGUAUCAGGACGUCUGCCACCGGUGCUCUCCCACCGUCGGCGUGGUCGCCCUGCAGUUCCGCCUUUUCUACGUCGUCUGCGUCAUCCUCGAGUGCUAGCAUUCGCAGCCGUGGCAGCGCCGAUAUCAGGAGCGUGAGCAUCCCGCGGUCACCUUCGGUAUCGUCACUUGCACGCUCGCUCCCUGGCUCGCCUCUUGACGCCGCUUUUUCCGUCGCGCCGCUACCCCCUCCUCACCGUCCUCUCCCCGACAUUCCCCGCACAGAAUCGCCACCACCGGUCCCACCUAAGGACGUGUCCGUGGGUCGUAAGGAAGCGCACAGAGUGGACCACAUCGAUACUUCGCCUUCACGAGCAAGUAAGAUACGCGCCUCUCUUCCAGCUUCCCCACCUGAGUCGCCUGUGUCUCCGCGAAGCCGUGCGUCGCUUCCUGUACCAAUGUCGCCCCGCUCGUGGGUGUCAAGCUCAAGUCGGAGCUCGCGUCGGUCAGAGCGUCCGCCGUCGCCGUUCCCGCUUAUGAGGGCAUUGACGCAUGGGUCCGAGUCAAGGGCAUCGCCGAGACGCGGCUCGGCUGGUGGCAAGAGCCUUGCGAAUCCGGCGUCUUGUGCCGUGCAGGAGGAUGAAGUCAAGGGCUGGCACGACACCGAGCUGAGCGUGGAGGACCGUUCUGGGGUUUUGUCACCGUUGUCGGGGGCUAGCUCCGGUCUCCCGAUGCAUGCGCCUAAUUCCUUAGCCGGCUCGACGGCGACUCUGAACGCCGCAGCGAUGAUCCACCCUGGCCUUUCCGCACUGUCGUCCGCUAAUGGCCCUGACUCGCUGCAAGCGAAUCCGGAGAGCAACCCGCUCAGUGUUCAGUCUCUCCUUCGCCAUGCGCACAACCGUUACUCCUCUACGACCGAUACCGAGGGGGAUGACAGUGAUAGUUGGGACCACGGCACGAUGCAUACCGCACGCACGACCGUGUCGAGCAUGUUUUACAGUGCGCGGUCGAGUAUGAAGUCGGUGGACACCGAGGGUGGCAGUUUGUGA